CAGAGGGGCUUCAUUUUAGCAACAGCAGUGGGUCCCCUUCGCGGUGCGUUGAGGGCACCUCCGUUUUUUUGAGUGUUCUUCGCGCAUCGCAGCUAGACUUAGUUCCUUUCUUGUAUCAGCCGCUCUCUCCUUUAAGUCCCGUUCGGCACGUCCCGCAGAUGGGAGUGUGUGUGUGUCUCACCGGUUAAUAAUUGACAUGCAUGCCUGGACUCCAGUGUAAAAAAUGAGAAAAUUGCCACAAUAACGUGGUCAUAAAGUCCAAGGAGGGAGUUGGCGUUCAGGGUAAACCUGGGCAGAGAUUGGUAGUCACAGCCAGAACUUGUGACGUGGUUUACGGCAUUUGGGGCUGGGGGGGGAAAGAGCGCAGGAGGCAGGCGUUUAAAAAGGACAGAGUUGUGUUCAUGUCUUGUAGACUACGCUUCAAUUUGGCGGCUGUCCAGCAAGAUACCUGUGAAUGUGUCCUUGUUUUUGCCGCUUUUUAUGACUUGUACGGAAUGUAUUGUACUCUGGAGCUCCAGUGGUGAUUGGACUUUCAGCACUGAAUGAAUUGACACUUAAGCAAGCACCGGAGCAUACACUUGAUGGACACUACUCACCUGGGGGGGAUGACGCUUCGGAAAUAACUGACUUGUUUCUCGGGAAUAUUACAUUUUUUAAGUUGUUUUUAACCUCAUCUGACUGUUUCCUGACUGCUUAAACAUGGCACUUUAUGUGGAAGGUCUGAGGAAAGGAGCGCUCAACGGAGGGAUGUCUCAGUUCCAAGAAAUGAUGCGGCAACAGCUGGAGAGUUCCAUGCACGCUGAGAUGCAGAAACUGUUGGACACGGCCCCAGGCGCUGACAGAGAGGCAUGCAAGAAGGACUUUGAGGGCUUCAAGAGUCUUUUUCACAGAUUUCUGCAGGUGAAGGGGCCUUCAGUGGAGUGGAUCAAAAUACAACGACCGCCCGAGGACUCGAUCCAACCCUAUGACAAGAUCGCGGCACGGGGCCUUCCAGAUGGCGUUGCUGACAGCCUGAACAAACUUGUGGUGGUGAAACUGAACGGAGGUCUCGGUACCAGCAUGGGCUGUAAAGGCCCCAAGAGCCUGAUCAGCGUCCGCAAUGAGAACACCUUCCUGGACCUGACGGUGCAGCAGAUUGAGCACCUGAACAAGAUGUACAACACGGACGUCCCUCUGGUCCUCAUGAACUCCUUCAACACGGACGAGGACACCAAGAAGAUCCUGCAGAAGUACACACACCACCGUGUAAAAAUACACACCUUCAACCAGAGCAGGUAUCCUCGCAUCAACAAAGAGUCCCUCCUGCCCGUGUCCACUAGCCUGAGCAUGACGGGCCAGAACGCCGAGGGCUGGUACCCACCGGGUCACGGCGACAUCUAUGCCAGCUUUUACAACUCGGGCCUACUGGACCAGCUGAUCUCUCAGGGCAAGGAGUACAUCUUUGUGUCCAACAUCGACAACCUGGGCGCCACCGUCGACCUGCACAUCCUCAACCAUCUGGUCGGACAGCCCAACGGGAAGCGCUGCGAAUUUGUCAUGGAGGUCACGGACAAGACACGAGCAGAUGUCAAGGGAGGCACCCUGAUCCAGUAUGAGGGCAAACUGCGCCUCCUGGAGAUUGCCCAGGUCCCCAAAGCGCACGUGGACGAGUUCAAGUCUGUGUCCAAGUUCAAGAUCUUCAACACCAACAACCUGUGGAUCUCGCUGCCCGCCAUCAAGAGGCUGCAGGAGCAGAAGGCCAUGGACAUGGAGAUCAUUGUCAACCCCAAGACACUGGAUGGCGGGCAAAAUGUCAUCCAGUUGGAGACGGCGGUAGGCGCCGCCAUCAAGUGCUUUGAUAACGCCAUGGGCAUCAACGUGCCGCGGAGCCGCUUCCUCCCCGUCAAGACCACCUCGGACCUGCUGCUGGUCAUGUCUAACCUGUACAGCCUGGACGCCGGCUCGCUCACCAUGAGCCCCAAGCGGGAGUUCCCUACCACGCCACAUGUCAAACUAGGCAGCUCCUUCACCAAGGUCCAGGAGUACCUGACCCGCUUUGAGAGCAUCCCAGACAUGCUGGAGCUCGACCACCUGACCGUGUCUGGGGAUGUCACUUUUGGGAAGAACGUUUCACUCAAGGGUACCGUCAUCAUCAUCGCCAACCACGGCGAUCGCAUUGAUAUCCCCGCUGGCUCCAUGCUGGAGAAUAAGAUCGUGUCCGGCAACCUGCGCAUCCUGGAUCACUGAGGCCUUUUAAACCCCGCCCCACCCACUUCAUCCCAAUCAUGUGACCUGAUUUUUUUGUUAUUGUCAGUUUCUUGUUUCCCAGUCAGAUGGUUAGAGUGUGACUGUACACAGAGCAGGGACAGACUGCCCCCUGCAGGCCGUACACAUCACUACUGAUAAUCGUCUUUGAGGGUCCUACCGUCUCACAUCCCGGUCAUUUAUUUCAAACAGAAACUUCACUGGCUGAGUCCAACAUUUACUGAACCUGAUUUGGAAAUCAUGCCAUUGUGUAAAGUCACAUUAUGUGCAUGAAUGGCCUUCCACAUGUUAAUCAAUACUGAAAUCUACUGCUAUGAAGACGUAUCAUUGUAACGCUAACCUCAUGUAGUGAUUAAAUGUAACAUGACCCAUAAAGGCUUGAAAAAAGUAGGAAUAUUUGGUUUAUAUUCUAAUUAUUUUAAAUAUAAUCACACACUUACCUAGAGUUCAAAUGCUGAAAUGUGAAGUUUGUAUGCAGAACUAGUCUCCAGACUUCCAUUCCACUGAAGUAACCCUGUUGGAAAAAGAAAAAAAACAUCAACUGUGAUGUCACCUCAAACAUGAAGGCCUUCUACUUGUCGUUGUGUCUUCAUAUCAGAACUUGUGCAUUAUUUUUUUUUUGGUUUGCUUUUUUUGCUCAUUCAUAUUUUAUGAAACCAUGCGCCUCCUUUAUGUUGUGUUGCCAGGGGAUGCCAAACACACACACACACACACACACACACGUAGAGGAUACAUCUUUACACAAAGUGCAACAUGUGAAGUGUCCAAAAGUUGAAUGGCAAGACUGUAUCAGAUCAGGAAGUGUUGACGUUUGACUGUGAGGAUGUCUGAUUAAAGUGCAAUAUGAUACACUCAA